UUGUGUGUUCUGUGUUUAAGACACAAGUGUUUUUUUUUUUAUUUAUUGUUAUUUACUUUGGUUUUCAUAUUGAGAUGGAUUCAUCCAUCACCCUCCAUUGUGUUGUGCUGUGUUUUUUGUGUGAUUGUUGAUUCUCUCCACCACAGUCCAAAGAAAAAGUAGCUUUCAACCCUGUCCUGGAAUGGUGUAUAUUUUACUCUGGUUUUAAAUCUUGUACACAGAAUUAUUAUAGUUUAAUUGACAUUAAGAAAAUGUUCAAAAUUUUUGACGGUUUGUACAUGUGUACAUUUACUUCUCGUAUCUCCACGUCCAAGAACCAGAUCUCUUCAGCAGCCAACAGACACAGAAUUUACAACACCGGUUUUUGCUCCUUAUCUUAAGCUUCUGUAAAAGUUUUAUCGCGCCCUCACACAACAUUGCCACCUACCAUUUGCUGUAGUUUUUGGUUUUUCAAAUCUUGGGGUUGUUGAAAGUUUUAAACUUUUCUUGAUUCAAUUGCAAGUAUGGUCUUGAAUGCAUACUUCUAAGAAAAGGGUACCUUUCAACUUUUUGAACGCUUCUUCUUCGUCAUGUAUGUAUCUAUGUACUCGAUGAACAUGUGCUGCCUCGUGUCAUUGGAUGUGUGAAUUUUCUUAACUCAUUUCACAGAGGUCAUGCAUUAUUCUGGCUCCCACUGCUGCUUCUCUCUGCAUCCAAGACCUGGUGUCGGUUUAGACUCAGAAUUCCUGAUUCCGGAUUGUUGAAGUAGAUUGGUAUUCAAUUGCCAAAUGUUCAGUGUGUGAGGUGGAGACCCCUUCAAUCCUCUGGCAUUUGCAUGUUCCGAAUUUGAGAAGCUUAAUAGGAUUUUGCUGAAGAAGUUUAGGAUCUGCACUAAUUUGAAUGGGGCAUUCUGCAGCCGUAUGGGACUAUAGAGCAGCAACUGAAAUUACCAAGGACUGGAAUGGAAUUGAUCAAGUUCUGCUUCGGACCCCAAGGGGUUCUUCAGCUAGGGUAAGCUUACAUGGGGCGCAGGUCACUUCAUGGCGGAAUGAGCAUGGGGAAGAACUUCUAUUCACAAGCAGCAAGGCAAUUUUCAAGGCUCCAAAAGCAAUCCGGGGAGGAAUUCCGAUGUGUUUUCCACAGUUUGGAAACUGUGGAUCGCUGGAGCAGCAUGGUUUUGCAAGAAAUAGAAUGUGGGCAAUUGAUGAAAAUCCUCCUCCUCUUCCUGGAAAUGAUUCCAGUGGGAAAUCCUUCAUUGACCUGGUGCUAAAAUCAUCUGAAGAAGAUAUGAAGUGCUGGCCACACAGUUUUGAAUUCCGUCUUCGGGUGUCUCUUGCGGCAGAUGGGGACCUGUCUUUGAUAUCUAGAGUCAGGAAUAUAAAUGGCAAGCCAUUUAGUUUCUCAUUCGCAUAUCACACAUACUUAUUGGUUUCUGACAUUAGUGAGAUAAGGAUUGAAGGUCUGGAGACACUGGAUUACCUAGACAACCUUUUCAAAAAAGAACGAUUUACAGAACAAGGAGAUGCAAUAACAUUUGAAUCUGAGGUGGAUCGAGUUUAUCUUAGCUCUCCAAACAUAAUUGCAGUGCUAGAUCAUGAGAAGAAGCGAACAUUUGUCAUAAGGAAGGAAGGUCUCCCUGAUGUUGCUGUGUGGAAUCCAUGGGAGAAGAAGUCAAAAUCAAUGGUGGAUUUCGGUGAUGAAGAGUACAAACAGAUGCUUUGUGUUGACGGGGCGGUGAUAGAGAAACCGGUGAGCUUGAAGCCGGGAGAGGAAUGGACCGGCCGGCUGCAGCUAUCGGUUGUGGCAUCAAGUUUUUGCAGUGACCGUCUUGGUCUUGACAGAAGUGGUCUUUGAGGAAUUGUACAAAAUGGGUCUGAGUUAUUGCUGCUACUGCAUCCAGCAAUGUAGCAGCAUCUAGUUGUAGAAAUAGUGUUGUUUAGUAGGAAUCUCAGGUUUUAUGUUGUUGUGAUCUUAGGCUAGAAAUAGUGCUUUAGAGAGGCCUAUGUUUUUUGUGAGAAUGGCUUUUUCAUUAGUUAGUUGGUUCCUUCUGUUCUGCUAUGGAUGCUGCUUCUUUAAGUGUUAGAUUUGUUGUGUAAUUGCCAAGUUUAUUAUUCUCUCCAUGGAUUUUAUGAUAUGUUCCACGGCAUGGAUAAUUUAGCUUUCGUUUUCCAA